CGACCUCGCCGAUUGCUAUAUUCACUCCCUCUCUCAUCGCCAUCCAAUCUCGCCGCUGCAAAGCUGCUGUUCUGUCUAGAAGCAAUUUGCCGCCAUUCAUUCGUCCUGCUUCGCCUACCAGUUGGUUCGUUUAACAUCGCCGUGAGAGCUAUAAUGGAAGAAAUGAGAUAUGAAUUAUCAGAGCAUCUCGCAUUCUCUUGUUUAGGACGUUUUAGGGAUUUAUCCUAAAAAGUACAGCUGUAGAAGAAAUUUGGAGUAAGAAAGAGAAAUCGUAAAAAAGCUUCAUUUGAAGAACAGGUGAGGAAACCCAAAAAGUAAAAGACAAUGGUGGUAAAGAGGGUUUUAUCAUCUAGAGGAUUAGUGGCUUUUUGCAAGUCUCAUCUGCUCAAGAAUUUGUUGUCUCCUUCAAUUCCUUUUUUUCCCAAAUCAUUUCCUUGUAGAAACAGGUACCUGCUUUUGGGCCAGUCUGUUUGUACUAUUAAAGGACCUCAUUUGGAGGGAUGUCUAUCGAUUCAUACUGGUUCGGUUUUGAAUAAUGAGGACAAGAAUGGGGAGCCACCAGCCCAUUCUGGGAAAAUUACAACUGCUGAUGGUUCUGAUGGUAGUAAAAUGAAGAGGAAAAAGUUGAAAGGAAAACGAGCAGUUGUAAGGUGGUUAAAGUUCUUCAGGUGGAAAAAGAAGAAAGAGUAUGAAAGAAUGACUGCAGAAGAAAAAAUUUUAUACAAGUUGAAAAAGGCUAGAAUGAAAGAGGAAAGGCUUGUUCAAGCUUUAAAGAAGAUCGAACCUGCUGAAUCAUCAGAACCAACUCAUGAUCCAGAGAUAUUGACCCCAGAAGAGCAUUUCUUUUUUUUAAAGAUGGGCCUAAAGUGCAAGAAUUACGUACCAGUAGGGAGACGAGGAAUCUACCAGGGUGUAAUUCUUAACAUGCACUUGCAUUGGAAGAAACAUCAAACCUUGAAGGUAGUGGUGAAGACAUUCUCACCAGAGGAGGUCAAGGAGAUUGCUGCUGACCUGGCACGUUUAACUGGAGGGAUUGUGCUAGAUAUUCAUGAAGAAAACACAAUAAUCAUGUAUAGGGGAAAGAAUUAUUCCCAGCCACCAACUGAAAUAAUGUCACCGAGGGUCACUCUCGGCAGAAAGAAGGCUUUGGACAAAUCGAAGUAUAGGGAUGGCCUUAGGGCUAUUCGGAGGUAUAUUCCUAGACUUGAACAGGAUCUUGAGUUGCUCAAGGCACAGGCUAAAGGCAAAGCUGAAAGUGGGGCUGCUUCUGUUGAAGAGACCCUGAAGACUGAGGAUGAUGUUAGAAAAUCUAGGAGCAUUUCAAGCAUGCAACUGGAGAAACCGGAAAGGUUGAAAGAAAUUAUUGACAGGCAAGAGGAAUGUCCUGAGGAUGAAUGUGCCACAGAUUUAGGGAUGGUAUCAGAUUCAGAAGAUCUAUCUGAUAUUUUUGAGACAGACUCUGAGACAGAGACACAGGAUAAAGCAAAAGGUCGUCUUUAUUUGGAUGAGUUUGAAAGGUUCCCAAUUGAAGGUAAUGGAGACGCUGAAGAUCUUGAGGAGCAGUUGCGCCAACUGUGUAAGGACUCAAAAGAGGCCGAGUCAUCAGAGAAAGAUGUCUCACCCUCCCUCGACGAGUUCGACCGAAUGGUUCUUCGUGCUGCUUCUCUAUUAAAGAGGCAGAAGAGGUAGGAGAUGUAGAGAGUUGCAAUCACCAUCAUCUUGGUUUGAACAGCUUCGUCAUCAUUUUUUCAUAUGCUUAGCAUUUAGGCACAAUGAAAACAAACGAUCAAAUUUUGAUUUCAUUACAAGUACAUUUAAUUCUUUUAAUUUUCACCGGUCGUAUACAAAAAAUUACUUUGUACUUGCGCAAUAUCA